AUGACCAACAAUAGCCGGUAUUCGCGCCUGGAAAAUCCAAAUAGUGGCGUUCGGAAGGAGCUUGAUCCUGGCGAAGGAAAUGCGCUACGGCUCUCUGACCCUGAAGGAACGGAUAGGUCAAUGUAUGAUGAUCACAUAGACCAGGCUAAUGUAGCAUUGCUAGCAAGCGAGCUGACCAUAGAUUGUGUCUGUUACCGCAGUGAAAGGAUCUCACUUGCAAAAUUAGAAGUUGUCUAG